CGCUUGCGCAGUGGGAGGAGAGGGCGCUCCGCCCCAGCCCUCCCUGUCCCUCCCCUCGGCGGGGCCGGCGCCGGUUUACGUAACGCCUCUCCGGGCAAAUUCCGGCUCGGUCCCGCCGCCUGACUCGGCACGGGUCGCCAGAGGCCCUGGCAGGUCCUGCUGGGGAUUUACAUCUGGCGUCAAUGUGAAAUUAAGGUAGAAAAAUGCACAUAAGCAUGUGUUUCCUGUUAAGAUUUAGUGUACUCAGUGGUUAUGCCUGAAGAGUGGGUCUUGUCUUUAGACUGAUAACUGCCAGGAAAUAUAAAUGAUUAUCCUAGAAGUCAAGCUUCUCUCCUCCUUGCUGGAGUGAAAAAAAUAACCACCUCCAGGUUCCUACGGAAUAUCAUCUACAGAAAAUGCAUCACGUUCUAAGGAUGACAGUCACCUAGAUUCAUGCACCCAAUCUAUACAGUUGUUGUGGAUGGUUUGCCAUCUGAAAGCUCCUCAAGCUCCUGUCUGGGCUCUGUACCUGUUUCUGAAAUGUCUCUGCUUCAUGCUUUGGGCCCCGUGCAGACCUGGCUGGGACAAGAGCUAGAAAAAUGUGGCAUUGAUGCCAUGAUUUAUACUCGCUAUGUCCUCAGUCUUCUACUGCAUGAUAGUUAUGACUACGACCUGCAGGAACAGGAGAAUGACAUCUUCCUGGGUUGGGAAAAAGGAGCUUACAAGAAAUGGGGAAAGAGUAAGAAAAAAUGCUCUGAUCUAACACUAGAAGAAAUGAAAAAACAGGCUGCUGUUCAGUGUCUUCGCUCUGCUUCCGAUGAAAGCUCUGGGAUUGAGACUUUAGUGGAGGAGCUCUGCUGCAGGUUGAAAGAUCUCCAGAGUGAACAAGAGGAGAAGAUUCACAAAAAACUUGAGGGCUCUUUGCCUUCUGAAGUUGAUUUCUCUCCUGCAGCAAAGGAUCAGGUGGAAAUGUAUUAUGAAGCAUUUCCACCUCUUUCCAAGAAACCUGUUUGCCUGCAAGAAAUUAUGACAGUGUGGAAUAAAUCCAAAAUUUGUUCUUACUCCAGCUCCUCAUCUUCUUCUACUGCCCCAGCAACUAGCACAGAUACAUCAUCUCCAAAGGAUUGUAUUAGCGAAAGUGAAAUUUCCAAAGAGAGAGAUGGUAACAAAGUGCAUGCCACUGCCCACGAGAGAACCACACAGAAAAAGGAUAAAGAUGAAAAAGAGAAUAAGUUUGGAAGUAGCAGUGUUGAAGAUAAAUCUGUUUUAUAUAAAAAGCAAGUCCGACAUAAAUCUGAGGGAAAGAUACGCCCGCGAUCCUGGUCUUCUGGCUCCAGUGAAGAAGGUUCAAAUUCUAGUGGUAAUCAAGGUGAACUAAAGGCAACCACAAAAUGUGUUAAAGUCAGGCAUAAAACAAGGGAGGUUCGGAGUAAAAAAGGACGGAAUGGACAGAGCAGGCAUUUGGCAAAAUUUGGUGAAACGUCUGAAAGAAAAAUUCAUGGUGGCAGCAGCAGUAAUGGAUCCAUCAAACAACUCUGUAAAAGAGGUAAACGGCCAUUAAAAGAAAUUAGAAGGAAAGAAACUGGGAACUACGAGAGAAAAGAGCUAUAUUUUGAUAGCAGAAACGAGAAGGAAUAUAAGGAAGAGCCCUUAUGGUAUACUGAGCCAAUUACUGAAUACUUUGUUCCCCUGAGUAGAAAAAGCAAGCUGGAGACGACGUACCGCAAUAGGCAAGAUGCAUGUGAUGCAACUUCGGAGGCUGUAGAAGAAUUAGCUGAAUCGGUGCAAGGUCUCUGCAUUAGCAACAAUAAUAUUAAUAAAACAUACCUCGCAGCAGGUACUUUCAUUGAUGGCCAUUUUGUGGAAAUGCCUGCAGUUCUAAAUGAGGACAUUGGCCUCACUAGGACCUCAAAGUGUUCUCAACCAGAGGACGAUACACACUCAGAUGGCGUUCAUCUGUCAGAACUAACGCACUUCUAUGAAGUGGAUAUUGACCAAUCCAUGUUGGAUUCUGGUGCCUCAGGCAAGAUGGAAGGAGAGAGUCGGAUUUUGAAUAUGAUUCGGCAGAAAAGUAAAGAGGGGACUAAUUUUGAGGCAGAAUGUUGCAUAGUGUUUGAUGGAAUGGAGUUGCAAGGGGAAAGUGCAAUAUGGGCAGAUUCAGCCACCUCUGGUGCUGAAGGGUGGUUCUUACAAGAUCUUAGUAAUUUAGCUCAAUUUUGGGAGUGCUGUUCGUCUUCUAGCUCUGGCGAUGCAGAUGGGGAAAGCUUUGGAGGAGAUUCUCCUAUUAGACUUUCUCCUACUUUAGACAGCACAAUGCUUAAUUCUCACAUGCUUGCAGGCAAUCAAGAGCUGUUUUCAGAUACUAAUGAAGGGUCUGGUUUAAAUUCUUUUUCAGUGUUUGAAGUGCAAUGCAGUAAUUCUGUCUUACCAUUUCCUUUAGAAAAAUUCAGUUUGGGAAAUGAAAAUACAGAUUCUAGUAGCAAUGUUGGUAUGUUUGGGAAAACACAGUCUAGAUUGUUAAUAUGGACCAAAAAUAGUGCCUUUGAUGAAAACGAACACUGUUCUAAUUUAUCAACAAGAACUUGUAGUCCAUGGUCAUACUCAGAAGAAACACGUUCAGACAAUGAGACUUUAAAUAUUCCAUUUGAAGAAUCCCCUCAAUUUAACUCAGAUGAGAUAAAUUAUGUAGUUCCCAGAGUAUCUUCAAGUUACAUAGAUGAAGAAAUUGUAGAUUUUUUGCAGGAAGAAACCUGCCCGGAACAGUCUAGACCUUUAGGAGAAAUGCCUACCUUAGUUUUUACAAAAAAAUCAAAACUAGAAUCUAUAUGUGGUAUACAAUUGGAACAAAAAGCUGAAGAUAAAGAAUAUGAAUCUACACAAGUGUGUAGUGACAGCAGUCCACAUGAAGAUGACUAUGGCUCAGGGGUUAUUAAAGACAUCUGGACAAACAUGACAGACAGAAAUUCUGCAGCAAUUAUAGAAAUAGAUGGUGUAGAAGAGGAGCUAUUUUCAACUGAUGUAAAUCAUUAUUGCUGUUGCUUAAAUGACGCAAAGGUAGAAAUUCUUCAGGACCCUAACAAAGCAGUGCAAAGAUCCGAAUAUCAUCUGUGGGAAGGACAGAAAGAGAAUUUGGAGAAAAGAGCUUUUGCUUCAAACAAUUUAUCAGAAGUGGAUUGUGGGGAUUAUACUACACCCUCCAAACCAUGGGAUAUUAACCAAGAUAAAGAAAGUUCAUUUAUUCUUGGUGGUGUGUAUGGGGAGCUCAAAACUUUUAACAGUGAUGGAGAGUGGGCAGUGGUGCCGCCUAACCAUCCAAAAGGAAACUUGCUACAGUGUGCAACUUCUGAUGUAGUUACAAUAGCUGGUACAGAUGUUUUCAUGACAUCAGGAAACAGCUUUGCCCCUGGCCACAGACAGUUAUGGCGACCUUUAGUAUCAUUUGAACAGAGUGAGCAGUUGAAGUGUGGUGAUCGUGGAUUGAAUAGGGGUUUUUCAUUUAUCUUCCAUGAAGACUUGUUAGAAGCUUGUGGUAAUUUUCAAGGUGAAGAGUCUGGUCUUGAAUAUUCAUUCUCUUCCUUUGAUUUGAAUAAUCCAUUUUCACAAGUUCUUCAUGUAGAAUGUACAUUUGAACCAGAAGGAAUUGCAUCCUUCAGCCCUUGCUUUAAACCCAAAUCUAUUCUUUGCUCUGAUUCUGAUAGGGAAGUUUUUCGUCCUAGAAUAUGUGGUGCUGGGAGAACACAAUACAGAGCUAUACGAAUUUCUCCUAGAACUCACUUUCGCCCCAUUUCUGCAUCUGAACUUUCUCCAUGUGGUGGAAGUGAAUCUGACUUUGAAUCAGAGAAAGACGAGGGGAUUAUCCCUGCCCCUUCACAGACUGAAGUGUUUGAUGAUCCACAAGCAGAUCUUAAGCCACUGGAAGAAGAUGCAGAAAAAGAAGGGCAUUAUUAUGGCAAAUUGGAACUUGAGUCUGGAAAGUUCCUUCCUAGAUUAAAGAAGUGUGGAAUGGAAAAGAGUGCACAGACAUCUCUGGAUUCCCAGGAAGAAUCAUCUGGAAUAUUGCUGUUGGAAAACGAGAGUUCUUGCUUAGAAUGUGGUAUAAAAGACCUGCAAGACAUGAUGGCUGUGGAAAACCCCAACACUAGUUGCAAUGUUGUAGAACCACAAGAAGAGGAAGACAAGUCUUGCAGUUGUGGAGAUAAUUCAUAUGAAGAUAAUCUUGUUACUUCAGCACAGCUGAAAGAGUUUCCUGUAUUGAAUAAUGAUCUUCAGAAAAUAAGCUACAAUCAAGCGAAGCAGUGCUGGUGGGAGAAAGCUCUUUACACACCACUCUUUCCUGCAUCGCAGUUUGAAGACCCUUUACAGGUACUCUGCUUCCGAACUCCAGACACACACAUGCACCAGGAAUCCCAAAUCCACUACAGCAACUGGAAGCUGAAGGACAAGCCACCCUACAUAGGAUCAGAACCAGGUUAUAUUGAAGCAGAACAGUCGCAGGAGAGAGACACUCUACAUUUGAUGAGCAAUCCAGCAACCAUCCUGCAUACACAGAAGCAAGAAUGCUCUUCGCAGAACAUGACAUGCAGACCGCAAGGGAUGUCUACAGCUUCAGCAACCACCAAAUGCUGCACAAAUGUCAAGAGAGAGAAUAGUAUUGGAGAAUUUGCAGAUGUGGAAGAAAUAGCGCAGUGUGAAGAACAUCUUCUCGAUUUUAAUAUGGUUUCUUCUGUACAUGAAGCAAGGUGUGCAGAUCCUAGAAGUUCUGAAACAAAAUCAAAUGGCAUUAGGAAGAAGCUAUACUCCAGUGACAGCCCCAGCUCUGAAGGCACAGCAUCAGAAGGUGGAAAUGGAUGGGCAGAUCCUUGUGAAGAGCUUUUCUCUCGAACUCAGCUAUAAAAACUGCAGAGUAAAAAAAGUAUGGUUUAAUAAUAGCAUGAGAUGGAAAACUCUUCCUGAAGGUCUGUGACUCAGCAAUGAAUUGAGUUUCCCUUUGGGUUAAUGGAUUCAGAAGUGUAUUUAUCUUUCUCUUCUUGAUAUUUUAUUUUCAAUAGUUGGGAACAUUGUCCCAUUGAAGGCUUUUUUUUCUCUCCCUCCAAACUGUUAGUAACUUGGCCAUUUGGACCUAGAUUAGAUUGUGUUGUCAAAUCAAGAAUGGAUGUGCAUGUGAUUUGUCAUGGUAGUAUCACUGCUCUUUUGCAUCUUAGCUGCAGUUAUUUUUAUUUUUAACUGUAGCCUUAUCAGUAUUACUAUCUAGCUAGCAUUGCAGUGUCCACAGCUAUUCAGAGAUUUUAUCUUUUGGCUUUUAAGAUUUGGGAGAUAAAUACUUAACAGUGCCUUUCUGAAUGUGAGAGGACAACAUGUGUGGCUUGUCCAGUCUUUAACAUCUUCUAACUUUGGAGUAGGAAAACUAGGGCUGUGCUUUAGAGACUUUCAGAAACUGUGUUUUCUAUUCUAGGAUCUCUCCUAACUCGCAUAUAAACUAACACAGUUGAAAAUAUUGUUUGUUCUUGCUAACUGAAGCAGCCAAGGAUUUUUGCAGGCCUGGGAAAGAAACACUAUCCGCCCCCCCCUCUCUUCUUGCUUCUCCCUCAUUUCUUCUUGGUUCAUCUCUUUCAGGGCUCAGUUCUGUAAAGUAGAUGAUUAAAAACGACACUAUGUCCUGAUUCCCAAGCACACUUACUUCAAUGGUACUUAGGUGUAAGUGUACUUUGGGUUGCACUGUUGAACCCAAUGGAUAAAUUUAAUAGAUGAUGAGCUUUUUCACAAGCUGCGAAGAUGUUGCUUGAAUAACUGAAAUAAUAUUGAAAUUCAGUCUUUGGUAAUCUAUAGGCGAAGGAUUAGCGUGUCACUCAAAACAAAUCCUGUGGCUCCUGCAGUUGGCUACUAUUGUGGUUCUAAUUUAGUAAAUCUUGUAGCGAUCUUUGUGUCCUGAGAGAAUGUUAGGAGUAAGUUGUGUGUUGUGGGUGGGAGUGGGGAAUGUGAUGACGACUUACAUGUGUGAUUGCAGUAGUGAUUGUUGCUUUAUGUGACCUGCUCUUAAAGUUUAUUUUAACAUAGUCAAUGCAUCUGUCAAGUUGUAACUGUGCAAGACUAUCAACUCCUUGUGCUACUAACGUAUUAUGCAAAUCAUAAGAGCCAGGAGGAGCAAUAUUGGUUUGUACCAUUUCAUAGUUUUUAAAAAAAGAUCUAUACAAUAGCAGCAUGUUUAAGACAUCAGAAAGUGCAGAAAGUUUACUAUUGACUUGAAAAUGCUAAGCCAUUAAUUUUGAUAGGCAAGAAACUCCUAACAAUUAUAGUUGUUUCAAAUAUUAAGCUGAACUGGCUUUGAAAUUUUUAUUCUGUGCUAGUGAGCUGAACUAAAUUUGAGUUUUGUUGCCUUUUCUUAAUUGAUAGAACAUGACUUAAGAUCUAGGGUAUCAACACCUUGUAAGAUUGCAUGUAUCCUUUCUGUUGAAACUUUAACUCCAUUGGCUUGGUUUGUACUUUCCAGGGAAAUGUUAUUAAUAACUGCUUUUAAGCUACAUUAUUUUAGCAUUCAUACAACAAAUCUUUAGAGUGUUUGGUUUUUUUUUUCUUAUUUGAGAUUCGGGAUAAGUUUUUAUAUAUUUACUUUCUUCUGGAGCUUCCUUAAAAAAAGUUGUAUAGCACAUGCACUGAGAAUAUUGUCUGUCAACAUGAAAGCAAAAAGAGCGAAACUGAUAAAUCAUAAUGAUUAACUUAACUAGUAAGUCAUUAUUACAUUAAGAAAUGACCAAAUGGAAAUGUUGCAGUGGGCGAGAAGAACCCACACUUUUUAAAACUCGGCUUAUUUAGGUAGAUCUCAGUGAAAGGGUUGUUGGUUACAUUAUGAUUUAAUAUUUUAACACCUUUGAAAAUGUACAUGUUUCAUGUGUGGGCAAUAACAAAUAAUAUUUAUUUGUUCCAUAACUGAAUGGAGAAAAUUCUGAAGCUUUCCAGGGAGGAGGUUGACGUGUGAGUUUGUGUUUUGUUUUUUUGCAAGGAUAAUUUAAAAGUGGAGAUGCUGAAAUGCACUGUGGUAUGAGGCGCAUUGCAUAUCCAUAGCACUGAAGGAUCAGUUUUUCAUUCCUGGGCUGGAUUUGUUUCUACUUUUUUGCUUCAAGUGGUUGUAUUGUUCUGAUUUCACAUACACCAGAGUAACUGAAUUUGUUUUUUGUGGAGUUACUUAACACCAAAUAAAAAGAUAAAAGGA